AUGGAAGCCGUUUCAGGUUACCGGUACAUUUGCAACAAGUGCGGCAAGGCGUACAAGGCGAAGCGGUCGUUGUCGAGACACCUGAAGUACGAGUGCUCGAAAGUGCCGUCCUUUCAGUGUCCCGUCUGUUUCACCAAGUCGUACCAGAAGUGUCACAUCAAGAUGCACAUGUACAUUAAACACCCGGAUCAGUGCAACAUGGACAUAAUCGAUUUGCAGCACUACCUAGAUGGUUAUCGUUGCCUGGUCUGCAGCAGAAUCUACCGGCAGUCCUGCUCGCUAAGCAGACACGUAAAGUACGAGUGUCAGAAGGAGCGCUCGUUCCGGUGCCCUUUCUGUCCAUACGCGUCCCACCAGAAGGCACCGCUCAUCAAGCACCAGCAGAAAAAGCACGCCCAACUUUCGUCUUAG